AUGUCAAAGGAUGAAGCAAACUUGCGGCUUAUACGUGCCGCCAAGAGGAGGUUGCAACAGAAUGCCACAAUAGACAACGCGGUGGACGACACGCGUGUCUCUUUUCGUGUUUGCGAGUCGAACAGGCGGGGGGAGAAGACGGCAACCGACUAUUACGCCCCGGAGGUGUUCCAUCUCUGCUGGACGAUGCGAACGGGCGUCUAUGCGGACCUGUGUGUGCUGGACAUCCUCCGGAGCAAAAAGGUCUCCGAGGUGUACAUGAACGAGGGGUUCAAGGCGGACAUGCAGAACACGAGGAUGCUGGGCAACUGGCCGGUGCAGCGGCUCUGCGUCGUGGGGAAACUGCUCUCGUGCGAGCAGCAGCAGGACGGCUGGCUGCUUGUCGUCGACGACGGUUCGCACGACGACGGCUGCGUGGAGGCCAGCGUCGACAAGUACGUCUGGGCGAUGAUGGAGGUGUACGGUACGUACGGGGUGACGGUGGUGCUGAACGGGCUCGUGUUGGGCGGGUUCGUCGAAAGCAGUGUCGGGCUCAUGCACGACGAGCUCGUGUACAGCUGCUGGAAGACGACGCAGUUCCGUGAGAGCAAGCAGUUUCUGCUUUCGUGUGUGCUCGAGAAGCUCACGGCAAGACAUAGAUCGGGCUCUGUGGUGUCGGGAAUUGCGUUCAACGUGCCCAUUUUGGACCAGUACGAGCAGCUGAGCAGAAGUGGUCCAGGAGCACCAGAAACACGGACACUGCGGCGGUCGAACUCGUUCGUGCCUGCACCGAAGGAGAGCAGCAGCGGCAUCAGUGGGACCGAGGGGCACCUCGCCAUCACGCCGCUCACGGACAGGGAGAAGGCAGCCAUAUGGCAGAGAGAAGAGAAGCGAAACGAAAACAGCAUCGAUCUCGACCUAGACGACGAGCUCGUCAUCAACAACCUUGAGUCGAACUUCGCCAACGAGCUGUCGGUGCGCAAGGCACAGGAGUUCAGGGACUUUCUCACGCAGACGAAGGCGCAGAAUGACGCCUUUGUCACCGACGUCGAAGGCAUCGUGUCCCAGUUGGAGACCCUGCUAGCCAUACACAAGAACGUCACGAUCCAGACACGAGAUUUCCAGUCGGAGUCGACAUCCCUGAUCGACGAGCUCGAGUCCUACGAGACCCUCUACAACGACCUGAGAGACAAGUUUGCCAUCUUCCAGGACUUGGAGUCGAUCGUGAAGCGCCUCAACACCGCAAAUAACUCCAAGAUCGUCCUCAAGUCGAGCUUCCAGAACGACAUCCUCUCCAAGUUGGACACGUGUUUGCUGUCGGUGAAUGACCCGGCACACGCAAAGUACAAAGACAUCGACUCCUACAAGUACAGGUUCAAGCAAUGCAUGAUCCGGGCGCUGACUUUGAUCAGAAACUACCUCAUCAACUACCUGAAAACAGCCGAGUCGAAGGUCAUCACCACCAUCAACGAGCUACCGAAAGAUAAGGACAACUCGAUUGUCAUUGACGCCUUGAUCAACAAGAACUUCUCAGACAGCCUCUCCUCCUUCUACAGUCUUUUUGCAGAGAUUUACAGAAGGAUUAAUGGCAACGACGAUUAUUUUAACCUACUUGACGACAUCUACAACCAGUACUUCAAAACUAGAAGCAGCCUGGUCCACACUUACAUCAUCCAGCCCCACAUGAGGGACAGCGUUAACUUCAACACAGAUUUACUCAGUUUGGCAAACUCCAACCUGAAAUUUUUUGCCAAGCUCAUUGAAAGAGAGUUUGACAUUUUCAGAAACCUUUUUUUCCUUCCGCCGAAUGAAAUCACCGAAACUAUCGACAACUCGGCAAAUUUGACUGCUGCUCACAAAUUCUUUGAAUCAUUGUUAGACCCACUCUACUAUCUAUUGAGAAACAAGAUAUUGCGGGAGUCAGACAUCAAUUCCUUAUGCGAAAUGGUCAGUUUAUUGAGAUCAUACACAGAAAUGGAGAACGAUACCACAGAAUUCUCACAAUAUCUCGCCCUGCAGCAAAAUAGAAUUGACUAUGACGAGCUUUUGCAACCUGUGCUGGAGGACACUCAAACUCGAUUGGUUUUCAGAAUCCACAAAUUUGUUGAAACAAAUAUUGUCAAUUACAAAAAGACCGGUAAAGAGCUUAUCAUUAGUAACAAACCAGUGGCUGCCGCAACCUCAGAUAUAAACCCCAACGCAGACUACAUUGAUGACAACAUAAUGCUCAACUCAAAUAUGAUAUAUCCCCCAAUCAUCAAUUCUAUCAAGCUUUUGACAAAAAUCUACCAACUUUUGAACCAGUCGGUUUUUGACGACAUAACCAGUUCCAUUGUUCACCUAUCACUCCUUUCGUUGGAAUCCAACUUCAGCAACAUCUCCUCAAUUGACUGCAAACUUUAUGAGAUUAGAUCAUUGAUUCUUUUCAAAGAAUAUAUCAACACUUUUGAAAUCGAACAUGCUAGAAAAGAGACUUCUUUGGAUUUCAGUGGGCUCAAAAAGUUAUACACUAAGUUUUUAGAGAGAAAUACAAAGAUAGAGUUGAAGUCAACAGAACACGAAAGUUUGUUCAACCUUAUUCUUGGUUCCAUCCCCAAGGUUGUCAACGAUUAUGUCGAUUGUCGUAUUGAACUCCAGAUCGAACUUCGAAAUGUUGUGCACGAGUUUAUUAAAAUCACUUCUAAAACUUUUGUCGAGCCGCUAUUUAGUACCCCACUUGAAGAACUAACCGCAGAGAAGGUCAACACUAUCAAUACAAAGCUUAUCUCUAAUAUUCGGUCGGAGUUACCAAGAUUGAAAAUAUUGAUCAAAGAUUAUAUAAGAGACAAUAGAACGAGUACCUUCUUACUUGAUGGUAUACAAGAGGAGAUUCAAAAUGAGUAUACCUUGUUCUACGAUAGCGUCACUGCUUCAGGUAAGGGCGAAGUUAUUGCAGAAUUGUACGAUGUUGGAUAUUUGAACAAAAUUUGGGUGGAAACGGUGAAACUCUUGUUUAUCGAUGACGAGGAGGAUGAAGAUGGAAAUUUGGAUGACCUCAGAGACAUCCAAAAGGAUAUAGAAGCGAUGGCAGACUAUCCAUUAGAUGCAGAUACAGCAUCUUCGGUGGUCACGUCGAGUUUGUAA